AUGCUCUCCCACGCAGGACCCGCCAGGUUCACCCUGUUCCUGCUCUGCUGCAUGGAAACUUCGCUGACCUCCCAUGCAGCGCCCGCCCAACAGCUACAACCACGCGAUGUUCGGAAAAUCAUCUUGGAAUUACAGCACUUGUCGAAGGGACUUUUGGAAGACUAUCUGAAGAGAGAGACAGGGGUGCCGGAAUCCAACCAUUUCCUGUUGCCGUGUCUCACCUCUGAUUCCCAGCCACUACGGAUCAACAGCUCAGCCAUCCUGCCUUAUUUCAGGGCGAUCAAACCAUUAUCAGACAAGAACAUGAUCGAUAAAAUCACAGAACAGCUCGACAAACUCAAAUUUCAACACGAGCCAGAAACAGAAGUUUCUGUGCCUGCAGAUACCUUUGAAAGUAAAAGCUUCAUCUUGACGAUUUUACAACAGUUCUCGGCGUGCCUGGAACGUGUGUUUAAAUCACUGAACCCCGGACCCCAGUAG